AUGGUCUAUCAAGAAGAUAACAUAAAUCCAGGAGGACGUAGCAGGUUGUGGAAUCAAGCAGAAGCAAAAGAUGUAUUUGAGGAAAAUAAGGGAACUGAAAAAGUUGAAGUGCUAAAUCUUCCUUAUAUUAGAAAAAAGUCGUCUUCUUGCUUCACACGGAAAACAUUCGAGAAACUAUCUAAUCUUAGGUAUCUCCGUGUAGAGGGCGCAGCAUUUGUUGGGGAUUUUGAGCAUUGUCUGUCAGGGUUAAGAUGGCUUUGUUGGAAAGAUUGCCCUUACCGUUUUGAAGCAACCAAUUUUCAUAUGAAGAAUUUAGUCAUUCUUGAAUUAUCAUAUAGUUCCGGCACACCAAAUGACUGGAAUAAUUGGAGUCAAAUCAUGAUGUCAAAAAAAUUGAAAGUUUUAAAUCUCUCAAAUUGUGGGUUGAUGAGAAGGACUCCCAACUUUUCAACCUAUACAACUUUAGAGGUAUUGAAUCUUGAAAACUGUGAAAGAUUGGACGAAAUUGAUCCAUCCAUUGGUACUAUGAAGAAUCUGAAAGUGCUCAAUCUUAAAUAUACAGUGAUAAGGAGCUUGCCAGAUGGAAUAUGGGAGUUAGAGAAACUGGAAGUUCUGGAUGCCUCAUUUUGUCAUAAUUUGGAGGGUAAAAUUCCUAGCUGUAUUGGGAGAUUAUCAUAUUUGAGAGAAUUGAGUCUUAAUGAAACCAAAAUUCAAAGCCUACCAACAAACAUUUGCGACCUCCUUUGCCUCCAAACCCUCAACUUAGAAAAAUGCGAUGCUCUCCGAGAACUGCCAGACCCGCCCUCAAGUUUAAAAAUUCUGAAUGUCGUCACUUCGCUCAGGGACAGAAACUUUAGUGUUAUCCCUAAUAAUCUUGCAAAUCUAGUUAAUCUACAGGAACUGCGGUUUUCUUGGCGCAUUAGAACCCUACCCAAAGAGCUUGACGCCCUUUCUCAGCUCAAGAUCCUCACUAUACGAGCAUGUACAGAUCUUCAAUGUAUAUUGGGUUUACCUCCCAAGCUGGUUGAAUUACAUAUUGGGUAUUGUGAGUUAUUAGAAAACUUGCCGGAUCUGUCAAAUUUGAAAUUUUUGUUGAAAUUGAAGUUUGAGAGAUGCUGUGCGCUGCGAGAGAUUCAAGGGUUUGGAAAACUACAAUCAUUGACUAGUUUGACAAUAAAUGGGUGUUGGAAGCUAACACAGAUUCAAGGACUUGGAAAUCUAGAAUCGCUAUCAAGCUUAAAUAUAUCCGAGUGCCAUGAAGUAACUGAACUUAAUCUGCUUGAAUGUUCGGCAUCUGUAGCGGUGACAGUGUCCAACUUAAAAAAGUUAAAAAGCUUUGAAGUUAUUAGUUGCUGGAAUCUCAACAAGAUCCAAGGUCUAGAUAGGUUGGUAUCAUUGGAAUAUUUGAAUGUAGGGUAUUGCGGAUCCAUAGUAGGAUUACCCAAUCUGUCAAACUUUAAAAUGUUGAGACUUGGAUAUUAG